AGCUCACCGCACCCCGCCGCUCCUUCUUCUUCUCACGCUCGUCGCGCGCCUCUCCUCGCCGUCUCGCACGCCUCUCUUCGCGCGCAGGACACUGGCCUCCGCCUGGCUUCGCGCCUCCUUUCCUCGCGGCGCACGCGACCUCACGCCGCAUCCGCAUCGGCGCAGUCUCGCCAUGCGCUUCUUUGCCGCCACGGCCGCCGCACUGGCGCUCGGUGCCACUUGGGCGUCCGCCUCGGCUGGUGCCUCUUCGCCCGUGCCAGCAGCGCACAUGCGGCGCCUGCGCUCCUCUGCGCCUUCGCUCGUCGAGCGCGAGCCGCCGAGCCGCAUCGUGGCGCGCCAGCAGAACACCUCGCCCACCGCCACGCUGCAGGCGACGGACGACGUGCAGGCGCAGAUCGUCGCGCUGGCGGCCAGCGACCCCAUCGGCGCCGCACGCAUGGCCGACUCGCUCGAGAACGUCUAUGCCUACGUCAACGGCGGCAAUCCCGUCGGCGCGCUCAUCAGCAACGACGGCGAUGCAGAUGCGGCAGAGAGCGAGCAGUGGCCGUGGAAUCGCGGACGCAACAUCACCUACGUCAACAAUGCCGUCGCCGUGCCCGGCACAAUCAACGGCGCGGCGGCGCCGGAGAAUGAGGAGGGCUGGACCGCCCUGCCGCAGCUGGAGGGCUUUGAUCUGAACCGCACGUGGGUCGUCAAGGAGACUGCUACACAGCCGUUCUACAUCACCUCGGGCUGGCAGCAGCGGGCGAGCACCAUCAAGCGCGCCGUGCUCGUCUUUCCGGGCAAGCCUCGCGACUCGUGGAAGUACGCCAGCCUGGUGCGCAACGCGCUCAACGUCGCCGUGGCCAACGGCGUGGCCGACGGCACGACCCCCGUCGUCGUCGACGAUAUCAUUGUGAUCAGCGUGGCGUGGCUGAACCAGUGGGACCAGCAAUACGGCGCCGCGCUGUCCACCGACCUCGUCUUCCACGGCUCCACGUGGCAGUCGGGCGGCUACAGCCGCUCGCCCAAGCUCACGACCAGCGUCACGACGUACGAGGUGCUCGACGCGAUGAUGGACUGGCUCUUCGACACCAAGAACUUUCCCGCGCUCACCUCCGUCGCCGUCGGCGGCCACUCGAUGGGCGGGCAGGCGGCGAUGCGCUACUCGCUGCUCAAAAAGGCAAAGUACUACGACGACAACAUGUACUUCUGGAUCGGCAAUCCCGGCUCGUGGGCCUGGCUCACCGACUCGCGGCCGCUGGCCAACUCGAGCUGUGACGCGACGUACGACUCGUGGCAGUACGGCCUGGGCGGCAACCAGACGCGCGUGACCAAGUACGCGCGCAAGGACGUCGUGGCGAACCGCACGGCGGUGACGAAGCGCUUCGAGGGGCGCAACGUGCACUACGCGCUCGCGCUGCUCGACAAUGGCCCGGGCGACACGCACUGCCAGGCGCUGCGGCAGGGCGGCAACCACUUGGACCGCGGCUGCCAGUUCAUCAUGGCGUACGGCGAUGCCUUUCCGGCCAAGCACACGGCCAACUUUGUCGCCAAUGCCUCGCAUCAGGACUACGCCAUGCUCUCGGCCAACAGCACGCUGCAGCAUCUCUUUGCCGACGGCUACUCGACACGCAACCCCAACGUCACCGACCUUGAGAAUCCGGGCGACAAGGUGAAGAAUGACACGGGCCCCGUGAAGAAUCCGCCGCCGCGCGCAUUCGCCACGCCGGUGCACAAGAUCAUCAGCUAUGCCCUCCUCGGCGGCAGCGUCGCGGGCGUGAUUCUGGCCUUCCUGCUCCUCCCCUGCAUCUUCCCCGCCAACACGGCGGUGCUGGAGCAGGAGGCAUGGGAGCAGGAGGCCAAGCGCAAGCUGCUGUAGAACACAAAACAAUGCGUGCGAUGGCUUUUUCUCCUCCUCUCUCUCUCUCUCGCCGACUCGCGCCGUCACUCUUACGUCGACCCCUCGCCUCUCUCUCUCUUUGCACGACCCUCUCUCUCACUUGCGCCCUCGACGCCGAACCCUCUCUCACGCAGCAUGUCUCCCUCGUCUUCUUCUCCCCAUAUACCAGCGCCCACCCACGUCUUUGCGCGCGCGUCUGUAACGCGUGUGGACCCUCUCACGUCUUCGGCCGCAGUCGAAGCGCUCUUACAGCACACUUCUCUUGCCCCUCUCCUCUCCCCCAUUCGCUUCACAUACUCCCCUCUACCCUUGCUCUUGCCGCCUCUCGCUGGCCGGUCCCGCGCGGUGGCGAAGCGAGCUAGGGCGAGCGCGCGCGAUUCACGGAGUACACUCAGACUCAGACUCUCUCUCUCUCUG